AUGGGUUCCUUGGAAAACGGCACAUCUCUUCCAUCGACCGUGAAGGACCAGGAUAAGUCAUCGCAAAAGUCGAAACAAUCGACACCCAUUCCGAAUCAAUCUGAACGACUGUCACCUGUUCGACGUCAGACUCGCCUGUGGGGAUCUCCGGUGGCCAAAGAGAGAUCUCCGAUCGCCGAAGAGAGAUCUCCAGUGGCUGAGGAGAGCUCUGCAGAGACGGACGAGAGCUAUUUUGAGAAGGACCGGAGGUCUGGGUGGCAAAUAAUACCCCGUCCUGCACCCCGGGACGUGUUCCAUCCUGAUUACCCCUUCACCAUGAAAGACCCAUAUGUUCAGCCGCAGGAAGUCCUACCACUUCCAAACUUUACCGAUGACUACACAAGCUUCGAGGGGUUUUGCGAUUAUAUGUUUCCCCAAGAGCCGGAUGAUAAAGUCUCUUGUAUGACUUCCGACAUAAAACACUGGGUCAACGAUUACUGUGGAUCUCCAGAGGACAUCGAAAACAGAAUGACUGCAGAGCAGAAGCAAGCUGUACUUGACUUUUUGGGAGAUUGGUGCCUUUACAAUGACUGGGACUCGCUGAUCGCCACAUUCCCCAACCAACGCUUUCGAUUCCACAUAUUCACCCAGGCCGUCAUCAUGAAGGAUAUCUUUCAGAGUCUUGUCGAGAAUCCGUUCUACUACAUGGACUUGGAUACUUAUUGGGACGGGCGCUUAGAGACUCUUCCACCUAUAUAUGGAAAGGAGCUAUAUCAACAUUGGCAAAAGCUUCUUCGCGUGGAUGAGUUAAGUGCCGAGAAGUGGCGUAUUUCCACAGUUCAGAUGAUGAAUAGGUAUCUUGAGCCUACUGCUAGGCCAAAAACAGAUCCUAUAUGGCCUGUUGAGGCAUGGGACUGCAGUACUGGUAUACGGAGCUGGAAUAUUAGGCAGAGUCUCAUUUCGCCUAUGUUACUGGACCACGAUCCCAAGAAGGAGCUAGACACCGAGCACCCUUUCCGUCGGGAUGGACUGCUGCGUCGAUGCUAUGAGCAGGCCUGCGACUUUGCUGUCCAGAUGUGGGUCAGGGAUGAAUCGAUAAUUCGUUUUGACGAGAAAAUCAACGAGAUAGGUCCAUACACACUACUGCCAUACCCUGACAGGGCGGGUACCCGUGUCAUGAAAAGGUGGUGGUCCAGCGGGUAUGAUUUCCAUGAUACUCCGUUUGAUGCUUCAAGCGUCGAAUUACAUGAGGGACGAGAAACUACGAUGAUUCUAUGGCCUGCAAUCUGGGCUGUCCGCUGCAGGCACAUCACCGUGCCUCCUCGGAGUCCAAACUCAUUUUUUUCUGGGUAUGGAGGAAGGAGUGAUCUUAAGAGGGGCAAAGAAUAUGAAUAUGUGGAUGAGAGGGACUGGGUCUACACUAUUCUUGCCUGUGGGCGUGUUUAUCUUGCGGGCAGAGGGUUUGUGAAGCCGGAUAAUACCCCUCGCAAGUGA